UCGUCGUAUUUGUAGGAAUCUUGCUGCCAUUAUCGCAUUAUUGUGUUUCGAUUUGAAGAAAGUCGGCUUCGCUCAUCGCUAAUCAUGGAAGAAGCAAGCAGUUCGGUCAAACGGAGAGUCCAAGCGCAGCCGUACUCCUAUUGCACUGACACAAAAGUUACAACCUAUGAACACACGUGGACUGUACAAAAUUUACCUCUCUGUAAAGUGGAUUACGUGAGAUCAUCUGAAUAUUCAUCAGGUGAUGAUAAAAAGAUAAAAUGGUUCUGGGAACUGAUCCUUAAACACAACUCAAAAUCAGUAUUUAAUGUGUACCUACGCUUUGUUUCCGGUGAUUCAUACAACUUUAUUGCAAAAGUGGAGACCGUAAUCAAUGAUAAAAAAAUUACAAAAACAGCUAAUGAAGGAAAAACUAUAAAAGACACAUACUGCGAAUGUGUCAAUAUGAAAAGAGAUGAAGAAGAUGAUUCAGUCACAUUUAACCUAGAAUUAACAAUCAUAGAAGAUUUUAAAUGUGCAGAUGUUAGCUUGCCAGCUGGAAGGGAUUCUAACUUGUUUGAGCUGGGCCCGAUCUUACUGGAUGAUAAAGAAUUUACCGACGUUGUCCUCGCAGUCAAUGGAGAAGAAUUCUUGGCGCACAAGGGGGUUCUGGCACACCGCAGCUCAGUGUUCCGAGCAAUGUUGAGCCACGAGAUGAUCGAAUCCACCCAGAACAAGGUAACAAUCACCGACAUUGAGCCCAAAGUGUUUGAACAAUUGCUGCGCUUCAUCUACACCGAUUCGGUGGCGGAUUCGGACAUGGCGACGAUGGCCUUUGAUCUGCUACAGGCAGCCGACAAGUACGACUUGGAGACGCUGAAGACUCGCUGCGAGGCCGCACUUUGUGGUCAAAUAUCGAAGGAAACUGCCGUGAAUACACUCGUUCUUGCCGAUUUGUACCACGCGAAAAAGUUGAAGCGAGCUGCGAUCAACUUUAUCGGAAGGAACGUCGGGGUGAUUCAAACUGAAGACUGGAAGAAACUUACGCUGAAGAACUUUGAGUUAGCUAAUGGGGUUGUGAUUGAGUUGUUGGAAGGCACCCAACUGAAAUAAUUGAUAUCCUUUUUCAUCAUUGUAAAAAGGCACAUGUUCUACUGAAUAAAAAUGUAUGUCCUGUUCUGAAAUA